CAGGAAGUUAUUAACAACUAUGGGUAUAGAUAGAUAAAGCAGAUUAACAGGAAGUUAUUAACAACUAUGGGUAUAGAUAGACAAAGCAGAUUAACAGGAAGUUAUUAACAACUAUGGAUAUAGAUAGAUAAAGCAGAUUAACAGGAAGUUAUUAACAACUAUGGGUAUAGAUAGAUAAAGCAGAUUAACAGGAAGUUAUUAACAACUAUGGGUAUAGAUAGAUAAAGCAGAUCAACAGGAAGUUAUUAACAACUAUGGGUAUAGAUAGAUAAAGCAGAUUAACAGGAAGUUAUUAACAACUAUGGAUAUAGAUAGAUAAAGCAGAUCAACAGGAAGUAAUACACGAUGUGCUUUUCUUAAAUGGCCAGGAAUGUUAUGAAUGUUUCAGACUUAUACUGUUGAUUAGAUGGGCUUUGAGAGCUACAUCUCACGAACUGAAUAAAUAUUGGUAUUUUAUUAGGAUCCCCAUUAGCUGUUGUGAAAGCAGCAGCUACUCUACAUGGGGUCCACAUGAAAUAUGAGAUGAUACAGACUUUUUUUGAAACCAGGUUUGCUGUUCAUUUGAGCAAGGGGGUUUGAUGUUAUAACAGCUCUAUAUACUACUGUAUGUGUUCUGGAUUUGGGGUAUUGUGAAAAGCAGGUAGCCCUGUUUGAUAAGAAUACAUGUGUUAGUCAGGCAUUUCAUUUCACUCAAAAUAGACAUAAAACCUAAGUAAUAACAGUGGACAUUUGCCUACAAUAAAACUAUAAUCGUUUUCAAUAAUUGACAAGACAUCAUGGCUGAGUAACAGGUAGCCUGAACAGCCGCUAGGUGGCGCUUACUUGCAACUAUUUUUAUGGUCUACAGCGACCACUAUCAGCUGUUCAGGCUAAUCACAGGCUGACGCAUAUCAGUUUCAGUACUGUUUUCAGGCGAAUCGAAAACGAAAUUGUCUACAGGACACUAUAGAGAAAUAGUAAUGGCGUCUUUUUGUAGGCACUAACUCCGGCAUGGUUCUUUGGACAGAUCUUAUGGAGAAAAUGAAUGGCGUUUUUGGAUAAACGACGAAAAUAAGUUGGUAACUAUGUCCUGCGACAACCAGCAAGGAGACCAGUCGGCCUUGAAGAAGAGAAUAUGUGACUUUUUAGAGGUGAAGAAACAAGGAUCCACUGCCCUCCAGAUAGCUAAGGCUGUUGGACUGAAGAAGGCCAAGGAUGUAAACAGUGUCCUGUACACUUUAAACAGAGCUGGACUUCUUUAUGCAACCACAGACAAACCACCAGUCUGGUCUGUGGAGAAACCAGGGGCGGCGUCAGUCUCUGUGAUUGUUCCAGAGUCAGAUCGAGUGCCUAGUCCUUCUGAGACCCCUGGCAACACAUUGGAGGAACUGAGGAGGGUGCUGAUGUCACAGAGUGAUGGAAGAGCGAUGAGUGUGCAAGAAAUUGCCAGAGAAUUGGGCCAAACACGAAAAUGUGUGAAUAAGCAUCUUUAUGACCUGCAAAGUAGCGGCAAGGCAGAAAAGUUGGGAGAGAAAGUGUGGAAAAUGAAGGAUGAAGCAAGCUGUGGAGUAGAGUUUAUUAAAUACCAGAGUUAUGAUCAAGAUAUUUCCAUCAGACUGACUGAACGCUCCAGGUUUUCCAAAGAUUUCAAAUUAUUGAGUGUUCUGGGUGCAGGAGGCUUUGGGUGUGUCACUAAAGCCCAACACAAAUUGGAUGGGAAAACGUACGCUGUGAAGAUUGUGAAGAAUAUGGGAGAAGCAAAUCGUGAAGUGAAAGCACUGGCUACCUUGGAACAUUCUAACAUUGUUCGCUACUCUACGACUUGGCCUGAGGAUGCCAAUUGGGUCGAUGGGGGCUACAGCACAGAGUCGUCGGUCCAGUCUGAAAUCUCAGAAGACUCUGACAAUUAUUCAGACCAGGGAGAUGGAUCUACACAUGUAACAAAGCAAUCAGAUUUAGACCUUUCUGAAACAGCCAGCGAAGACCAAGCAAACCACUCGAUGACCGAUUCCAGCUCAAGAAAUGGAGACUGGUCUUGUUUGUUCAUUCAGAUGGAGUUCUGUGAGGGAGGGACGCUGAAGGACUGGAUUAGCAAAAAUAAUGCUAGAACGAAGGACAAGGCACAUGGAAUAUUUCAGCAAAUAGUUUGUGGAGUGGAAUACAUCCACUCUGAAGGACUUAUUCACAGAGACUUAAAGCCAGAGAACAUAUUGUUUGGAAGUGAUGGCAUGGUGAAGAUUGGAGACUUUGGUCUUGUGACCACGAUCACCACUCCGAGUGGAGCAUCAGUGUACAGGACUGUCAACAAAGGAACACCAAUUUACAUGAGCCCUGAGCAGAAGACUGGGGGGAAAUAUGAUGAGAAAACGGAUAUAUUCUCUCUGGGACUGAUAUGGUUUGAACUCCUGUGGCACAUGUCCACUGUCUCAGAGAAGAUCAAGGUGUUCCAGAGCCUGCAGACAAGGACAUUUCCUUCUGACUUCCGUGAGAAGUUUAUCUUAGAGCAUAAACUCAUCAGUAAAAUGCUCUCGGAGACUCCAGCAAACCGACCAAACGCAGAAGAGAUCGCUGCGAUCCUGAAAAGAAACCUGCUCGGAAACCAAACUGGAUUACAACAGAAAACUGUAUGAAAUGUUGCAGGGUAGUGGCUUGAAAUGCUUUGGGGAAAACAGUGAUGUCGGCAUAGAACACCUGCAUUGUUUGCUGUUUUGGGGGUUUUAGGCUGGGUUUCUGUACAGCACUUUGAGAUAUCAGCUGAUGUACGAAGGGCUGUAUAAAUACACUUGAUUUGAUAGAAGACACGUUCUCUUCCAGACAGAGCGCAUAGUGAUGAUGCCAUGCCUCAACUGAAGCAAAUCAACUCAAAUCAAAUUUUAUUUGUCACAUACACAUGGUUAGCAGUGAACUGGGAGGGGGAUCGGUAUCAGUACAGUAUCCUACUGUAUUUCUCAGGAACAUUUUGGCACUUAUCUUUUCACUUUUGUUUCUGCUGUAUGGUUUCUCAAAUGUGAUAACUUUUUAAAAGUUACGGAAUAGAGGGUUAAUAUUAUGUGUAGGAAAAAGUCCACCACAUAUUUCUAAUGCAGAACCCAAGGUGUUCUUCUUAGAGGUUUUUUAACCUUAAUUUAACCAGGUAAGACCCAUUUUUAAGUAACAAACUAUUUUUCGAGGGUGACCUGGCAAGAAGUCAAAACAGGGAAAUAGAAGCCGUGUCCAUAAAACAUGACAGAAAGAUACAGAAUACACACAAGACAAUUUCACAAGUUAAAGAUACAAUUGAAGAUCAGAAACAACUGCAGUUGUCACAAACAGUGUUGUCGAUCAGUGUCUUAAAAACAGACAAGGACACUAACUCCCCUAACUUUACAAUCUUCUGAAGCAUGUUCAAAGAUGAAGAGGAAUUGUGGGGACAAAUAUUGUUUCCCCAUCUCAGUUGUAGCCCUAGGAACAGACAAGGACAGCAGCGAUUGUGAACGAAGACUGUAUUGAGUGACUGAUCUGGUUAGUAAUCACAACAUGUAGGGAGUUGAAAUGAUAAUUUUAUUGUGAUCAUUUCUACUUUUUUUUUUAAAGGGCACAUUGACAGAAUCAUGGAGUUUAUUUAAAAGUAAAUGAAAACAUUGAAUGUUGUUACAGGGAGAUGGGCACUCAUAUGGUUUCUUCCCAAUGUGGCAAGUCUACGCAACUUGUGCUUUAAAAAAAAAAUAUAUAUAUAUAAUUAACGUGAUUUAGAAUUAAAUGUUACAGACGCAUACUGUAUAAAGAGCUUAUGAAAUAAAUGUCCAACGCCAAUGUUAAGUUGUUUUUAUUUUCUGUAUAUUAUUAAGACCAUAAAGCCCGUACCUCGAUGUUUAGAAGAGAUGUAUACUUUGUAACACAUGGGGGCGGUCUCGGUCUAGUUGUUAUAUGGCAGUCAGUGUUUUCAGAGUAUUCACACCCCUUGACAUAUCAUAUUCUGUGACGUUACAGCCUGCAUUCAAAAUGGAUUCAAUAUUUAUUUUUUAAUCUACACUCAAUACCCCAUAAUGACAAAGUGAAAACAUGUUUCUAGAAAUGUUUGCUAAUAAAAUGAACUAUCUAAUUGACAUAAGAA